AAAACAAUAACGUUGAAGGAAUAUAGAUACUAUUUGACUGUGGUAUAAGCGUCGUCUCAUAUCUAGUUAAAUACGAGUAUGAAUGAACCUCUACUGAGAUUGUAAUUUUCACUUCCAUCCGUAAAUUCAACCGCCCUAUCGAACCGAGAGGCCGUCAUCAAAAUAUAAUAGCCUUAGCGCCCAAGGUGUCAGCAGAAAUUUUAAUUAUAUUCGUAAAAAAAUGGCGGCCACUGGUGUUGACUCUGUAAUUGGAAUUAUCCCGAAUUGAGGCUUUGAAUAAUGAGUCGCUUAACGAGCGCGGUAAGAGGAUUGCGAAUAAACGUUUUGGGACUGUUUUUGCUGUUACUACUGCUACUAGAUUAAGGUAUAUUUAUAUGUAUAAGUAAUACACGCAAGUGUGUAGUUGAAAUAUAAUAUAAAGAGUAAAAUUACAAUGGUUUAGGCAUUUAAAUCGUGAAAAUACCUAUGAGAAAUAAUGAGACCAUGAAAAUAGAUGAAGUGUAUUACUGAAGUACGAAGUAGCCUCAUCAUUGUAUCAUCCAUACAAGCUUAGCAACAAUUGUUCCUUACCCCGGAAAAUCAUUUUAUGUUUUGUUAUCGCAGAGUUGCCCAAUAACAAACUGCAACGUUUUUUACUUUAUCGCUAACGGUAUAACUUACUCAGCUCAUUCGCGUUCUUUUGGUUUUGCCAGUCAAGUUAAUAGUAUUCGAUAACCUAAAAUCCUGCGCGCACACUCAUCGACACUUGCUCUAGCAAUAUACAGUCGAGAAUGGUGUUAUUUACAUCAAAACAUUAGUGUUAUCUCUCAACAUGAAGGUUUUGCCUAUGCUCCAUACAACAUAGUAUACUUUACAUUGCUUCUGAAGAGACUGAAAAAUUGUCUAUAGAUGGAAGAGUUGCCUAUGCUUCAUAACCAACACGAUACACCUCAACAAUUCGAUAAUGCGGACGCUAAAAUGGAAAACAAAACGAACAAACGGUCGUUCAUACCAGCCCACAUUCAUGCAUAAUUAUAUACAAAAUUACAAAAUGCAAACCCGGAUCAUCAUCAUGCUACUGCCCGCACUGGCUUUCGGCAGAAUAACCGUUCAUAUCAAGGCAGCAGCAAAAAAUGAGUCAUCGGUAACCUUCACUGGGACUGACAGAAACAUCAUCAGCGACAUCGAAAUGAGGAGCUUCAACAUCACUACUUCAAAUCUAAAGGAUGCAGUGCGUGCAUACUCAGGUGGUAGCCCUAGUGAUGUAUUUGUGAAAAGCCCUACGCCAUGGGGAAACUUGUAUGAAAGAUUCAAUUGGAAAGAAGUUACAAGAAUAACAAACGUUAAAAGAGCAAAGAUUACUUAUAUCGCAACUGAAGCAGUAAUAUUAUCUAAAUAUAACUGUACCAACCAGUCUAACCGAUCUGAAAUAGUUUGUGAUGUAAAAGCAGAUGUUGUCAACUAUGUUAAGAACAACUUCAUUGGUAAAGAAAUGUCAAUAAACUCUGAAUAUAAUAUAGAUUUAGUAUGUUUGCAUCGGAAGUUAGUGUUGCGUUUAGGUGUGAAUAAUUUUACCGAAGAUCCUAUGAAUUUGCAAAUUAACGAUAAAAUCACUUUAGAACCCCCCCAAAGUGCUGUGUACGUAUUAAAUGCUACUAAAGUUAAUAUAGACGUGAUAGUAGACUACGAGUCAAGUAUCAUUGGAGAUGUAGCUACUAACUUUAAUCCAAGAUAUAAGGGUCAUCAUUUCUGGGUAUAUAAUAUAAGGGAGCUCAUAGGGUCCGUUGGUAGUAUGUCGUAUAUCUAAAAAAAUACUGAUAUAAUCACCAUGGAAUAUUUUAUUAACGCAUUCGCAUACGCCAUUGAUCAAAAUACUGGGAAGAUGAUUGGAGGAAAAACCCAUAUUGUGCCGCCUAGUGUUCAGUAAAUUUAAAAAAAGUGACGAUUGACAGAAUCAACCAACAAAAAUUAAUACGUGUAAUGCGUAAAAGUUUACCAAAUAUAUUUUUUGGAAAUUUACGCCUUCUAAUUUAGUACCCACUGGAGGAUUCCCUAAUAGUAAAAAAUAACUUUUUUUUAAUCAUCAUUUUGUAUUUGAAUUAAUUUUUUCAGAUCUAAGACAACAAAGGAAAAUUCCAACCAAACGGAAAAAGUUUUCUCAAUUUAUUAUUUAUUUAAUACAUAUAAUGUGUUUGUUUUCCAGAUCUUAACAAGUACUUAAGUGCUAAUUGUCUGAUAUAAAAUGUCAUUUAAACAUUGUGUGAGAGGGACAAUAUUAUAAAACACUUUCAAUACACACACACGCACGCACACACACACGCACGCACACACACAAGCACGCACGCACGCACGCACGCACACACGAACGCUCGCUCGCAUGCACGCUCGCACGUACGCACGCACGUACUCACGCACGCACGCACGCAAGCCCGUACGCACGCACGCACGCACACAUGCACACACACCAUUCACACGAUGACAUAACAUUUUAUAACAGCCAUGUGGGAGCACCAUAACAAUUUAUGUCAUUUACAUGCACCUUAUUAAAACAACGUUUCCAUGAUAUUUAAAUAAAACAAAUUUUGAUGGAUGAAAGCUUAUUUUAUUAGUUACGAGUACAAUGUGCCAUACUAAAUUUACAAAUAACAAAACUUGUUAAUCAUCAAUUACGUAUGCUUACUUUAGUUUUCGUUUUCAAAUAAACAUACCAAUGCAAACCUCCUGUAGUGUUUUGCUAGCAAACGAAACAAGUCUGUGACAUACAUCAUUAGUCGCAGUUCUCAAACUUUAUUUGACUGCAACUUUGGCGGCGCCGAACGAGUUCUGCUUAAAAGCGCUAUGGACAUACCCAGGAUUUUCUGCCAAUUCACUAUUAAAAAUGUCCAUUCAAAAUAUAUAAAGUAGUGCAAGAACACGCAAAGUUCGCACCGACUUAGCCCUCUUGGCAAUGAAAAUUUAUGGCCGCGUUAUACUUCACGUUAAAUUUGGCGGGCAACUGGCGAAGAUGAGCGGAGAUAAAAAGUGACUUUUUUCCGCUCCGCUAGAUUACAACCACUGCCAUUGGUUGUUUUCCGGACGUCUCCUCUCAUCUUCACAU